UGUGAAGUGGUUGCGGUGGCGCCUCAGGCUCUUUAAGAGGUCACUGAAGCUCUGAGAUUGGUGAUGAAGGUGGCCGUGGUGGUGCUCUCCAGGUGUCUGACAGACCGCCCGCGGUGCAGGUGGCUUAAAAACGAGGAAGCAAGAACUGUCAGUCAGUACAGUGGUCAAGCCAAUUAAGACAGCGGCUUUUACAGAAACUAAGGAAUUAAAUGGAAUUUUCAGGAAAAAAGUUGCAAGAAAUUACGACAGGCUAAGAGAACCGACAAGGCAGACCCCAGAAGGCAAUCGGAUGCGAAAGUUACUCCAAGGAUAUGAAAAUAGCACAUCAAAUGGGCCGUAAACAUACGACAGCAAACGGAAGAGCUUAAAUAACCAAAAAAAAAAAAAGAGUACAAAACAUCAGUCGGCCAACAAAGCCAAGUCGGCAACAAUCAACGGCACAUAAAAGCAACACACUGCCACACACAGAAAUAUCUAAAAAGAACAAAAAAAAAAGUAAAAAAUAAAAAGCAGCACAAAUAAGGGGAAGUCGGAAAGAAAAGUGAAAGCCAAAAGCCGAAAUUGUAAACGCUCCAUGUAAACACUUGAAAGCUCGUUAGGAUAAUACAUCCUGCCCGGCACCAAGCACACGCUGGCACAAAAACAAAAAAAAAAACAAAGAAGGAAAGAGAGAAAGUAGGGAAAGUGUCACCAUGUGCCGUUCCGCGUGUCUGAGUGGCCGCCAGUUGAAACAACGGCACCACCCCAAAUACCCACCCACCCAUACAGACACACACAAGCGCCAGCAGGCCAUUGCCAUUGCCAUCGCCGUCGCCAUUGCCGUUGCAUAGUCGCGCUUCCGUUUCCGUCUACUCCUCAUUUCCGCUGCGGCUGCAAUUAAGCGUAGCAAAGCAUCCCGAAAAACACACCGAAUAUCCACAAAAUGGCGCACGAGACCAGCUUUAAUGAUGCGCUCGACUACAUUUACAUAGCGAAUAGCGUGAAUGACAGGGCGUUUUUGAUAGCCGAACCGCAUCCCGAACAGCAGAACACUGAUGGUCAGGACCAGGACGAAGAGGAGGAGGAGCAGGAGCUGGAGGACAUGGCGGUCACGGAGGCUGAACAUCUGGAGGACACGAAUAACAACAAUAGCAAACGCUACUACAGCUCCGGGAAAAGACGACCCGAUUUCGUUGGCUCCCUAGCGCUGAAACCACCGCCCACCGAAGCGAGCACCACCCCCGCCGGCUCACCACUGGCCACCGCCGCUUUGGCAGCAGCUGCAGCCAGUGCCUCGGUGGCGGCAGCGGCUGCCAGGAUCACGGCCAAAGCGGCACACAGGGCUCUGACCACCAAACAGGAUACAGCAUCCUCGCCGGCACUACAACUGAUCGACAUGGACAAUAACUACACGAAUGUGGCCGUCGGACUGGGCGCCAUGCUGUUGAAUGACACACUCCUCCUCGAUGGCAACGAUACGAGCCUGUUUGGGGAGAUGAUGUCGAAUCGGAGUGGCCAACUGGAUCUGACCAACGGCAGUGCCGGCCUUAAUGUGACCACGAGCAAAGUGGCUGAGGACGAUUUCACGCAGCUGCUGCGAAUGGCCGUCACAUCGGUGCUGCUCGGCCUAAUGAUACUGGUCACCAUAAUUGGCAAUGUCUUCGUCAUUGCGGCUAUUAUCCUGGAGCGUAAUCUGCAGAACGUGGCCAACUAUCUAGUGGCCUCUUUGGCCGUCGCCGAUCUCUUCGUGGCUUGUCUAGUGAUGCCUCUGGGAGCUGUAUACGAGAUCAGCCAAGGCUGGAUACUUGGCCCGGAAUUAUGCGAUAUCUGGACAUCGUGCGACGUCCUCUGCUGCACUGCCUCGAUUUUGCAUUUGGUGGCCAUCGCCGUCGAUCGCUAUUGGGCGGUGACCAAUAUCGAUUAUAUCCACUCCCGGACCAGCAAUCGCGUCUUUAUGAUGAUCUUUUGUGUUUGGACGGCGGCGGUAAUAGUAUCUCUGGCACCACAAUUCGGUUGGAAGGAUCCUGACUAUCUGCAACGCAUUGAGCAGCAAAAGUGCAUGGUCUCACAGGACGUAUCCUACCAGGUAUUUGCCACCUGUUGCACAUUCUACGUGCCGCUGCUGGUCAUCCUAGCGUUGUACUGGAAAAUCUAUCAAACGGCCCGCAAACGCAUCCAUCGCCGACGACCACGACCUGUCGAUGCUGCGGUCAAUAAUAAUCAGCCGGAGAGUGGUGCGGCAACAGAUACGAAACUUAAUCGACUGCGUCUACGGCUGGGCAGAUUCUCCACGGCCAAGACCAAGACCGGAAGUGCCGGGGGCGUCUCAGGUCCUGGAUCCCAGGGCAGGGCUUUGGGUCUGGUCGAUGGCAACUCAACGAACACCGUCAACACCGUUGAGGACACCGAGUUUAGCAGCUCGAAUGUGGAUAGCAAAAGUCGAGCAGGAGUUGAGGCACCCAGCACGUCCGGCAACCAGAUAGCCACCGUGUCGCACCUGGUGGCGUUGGCCAAGCAGCAGGGCAAGUCAGCAGCCAAGUCCUCGUCCGUUGUCAACGGUGCGGCCGCAUCGGGCCAAGGCAAUGACGGGCAGCGGACAGAACAGGAUGAGCAGGAGGAUCAGGAGGAGGACCAGGAUGACCAGGAGCAGAACGAACCACAACCCGCAACCGCAACAUCAGCAACGCCAGCGGCAGUAACCGAGGAAGACCAGUGCAAAGCCAACGGGGUGGAGGUCCUGGAGGAUCCGCAGUUGCAACAGCAGCUUGAACAAGUGCAGCAGCUGCAGAAAUCAACGAAAUCCGGUGGUGGUGGAGGUGGGGCCAGUACGUCAAAUGCCACCACAAUUACGUCGAUAUCGGCGCUAUCGCCACAAACGCCAACUUCGCAGGGAAUCGCUGCCGCCGCCGCCGGACCGAUGACAACCAAAACCAGCACGCUGACGAGCUGCAACCAAUCGCAUCCACUAUGCGGUGCCGCCAACGAAUCCCCUUUGACCCCAGAGCCACGCCCCAAGCAGCAGCAGCCCCCAUUGCAACAUCAGCAACAACAACAACAGCAGCAGCAACUCUCUAGCAUCGUCAAUCCUAUGCAGAAGGUUAACAAGCGAAAGGAAACACUGGAGGCCAAAAGGGAACGCAAGGCGGCCAAGACGCUGGCCAUCAUCACCGGCGCCUUCGUCGUCUGCUGGCUGCCCUUCUUCGUCAUGGCCCUGACCAUGCCCCUCUGUGCCGCCUGCCAGAUCAGUGACAGCGUGGCCUCGCUCUUCCUGUGGUUAGGAUACUUCAACUCCACCCUCAAUCCGGUCAUCUACACCAUCUUCAGUCCGGAAUUCCGUCAAGCCUUCAAGCGCAUCCUCUUCGGCGGCCACCGACCAGUCCACUACCGCAGCGGGAAGCUCUAGAUAGUGCAUGCGAAGAGGCGAAGACGCUUCUGCUAAACUGACAAGCGGAUGUUGAUCUAACCUCUUCGGCUAUAACCAGGCAAGGAUUAACGCAUCUUGUAUACCAAAGACGAUAAACCAAAAAAAAAUGCACGACGAAGGAUCAAGGAGCAGUCAUAUAAUUAUUUAGAUAUUAAGUUUGUAAAUAGCGGAUUGAAUUGAUGUUAAACUAUGCAAAUAUAUUCUGUUUAGAUAUAGCUAAAUUUAUAGAGCCAAGUGGAGACUGUUUUUAGAAGCAAGACGUUUAAUUUGUGAGAAGAGAUGCCACCAAGGAAAUACAAAAGUAUCUAAUCAAAAUAACUAGAGAUCUAAGCCACUACACCAUAAUUGACAUAUAUACAUAUAGAGCAAUCUACUACAAAUUUUUAUGUGUUUUCCAACUUAACGUGAAUUGUAUAACUCGAAACUAUGUUUAGGUGUUAGACUAUAUCUCUCUUAACUGCUUCAAGAAUGGUACGUUGAGUUAGGAUUGGGAAUUGGGAACCAAGGCAUUGGAAUCGUUAUAACUGAACCGAGUACUCGAUUGUGUAUAGCCCAGCUAGAGACAUUUAAUAAGCGUAUUGAUCAGCGAUCGACUACGCAUCUUAGACUUAAGUACAUUUGUUGAGCAUCGUACUAAACUGUAAUAUUGAUAUAGGAUCGGUCUACCAUAUAACUUAUCGAACCGGUGGAAGCCAGUUUAAAUGAAAUUUAAACGUAUUGUUAAAGCCACAGCCUAGGUAAAUUACAUUUAAUACUGUUGUACUAUUACGUAUAUGUUAGAUCGGUAAUUAUGUGUUGAGGAUUUCUUUGAAUAAGCUGGCAUAUUACGUAACUUAUAAGCAGAACAGUUCGAAUAACGUGUAAUAUUUGAAGAGCAAACUACUUUCGGGAAAAAUGGGUAACACAUAAUUAGCUAAACCAAACGAACACUUAAAAAGAAAAUACACUGCAUAAUGACAUAUAUAUAUAAGAUUAAUUAAGAUUAAGCCGAGGGUAACGAUGGAUAUCACAAUGUAUUACCUUCAUUAAACUAAAACAAAGCGAACUAUUCGAAAACCAAAUCAAAACUCUACGAAAACUUUAAGCCGACAUCAUUACCUAGUGACUAAGUGUUUGCAGAUCUGUCUAUCUUUAAAUACCAAAUACCAACUACCAAUAGAAAUAAAGCAAAUCCCACUGGCACCAUACUUAACAAUAAUUCGAAGACACACCCACACAAUUUUUCUAGCUAAAAAUGCUUUUCUUUAUCUUUUUAUUCAUUUUUUACUUUUAGUUUCCAACAAAUUGGCGCGCAUUUUCAAAAGAAUUAUUGCUUGGUAUGGGGUUCAGGGUUUUGGGAACUUUGCUUGGCAGACAGCGUAAGUUAACUUAACGAGAUUACUAUAACAUUCAUUGGCUGCAAUUUAAAUAAAAAUUCAACUAUCAUGCAAGAAAGAAGACUUGGUGUUUUAUUU